AUGUUAUGGUUAAAGGCUAUUGAUGAAUCUUUAGCCUAAGAAAAUAUAAUUGCCGAACCAAUAACUAGAAGAUAAUGUAUGGCAAUAGAAAUUGGAUGUAUUGAUUAUGUAAACAAGAUCAUUUAUGAAUUAAAUAUAAAUGAAUUAUUAUAUCAAAAUUAGGAUUAAAUACUUUAACAUGAACAUUCAUAAGAAAUUAACUCAUUAAUAGAUGCUUUAUCUUCUUUUUUAUAAUUAGUGUGUAAUAAUUCAACAACAAAUUCUAUUUAUAUAUUGUAAUGGUAUAAUUUAUAUAAGCACAUUUUGUUGAAUAAAUAAGUAAAUGAUAAAAUGAGAUUAGAUAUUCUAAUCAUUUAAUUAUUUCAAUAAACUGAUAUGCUUGCAUCAUUUGAAAGUGAACUCAGUUAAAUAGUUUAUUUAUUUAAAUUCACUAAUUACUAAAAAAAUAUUUUAAAUUUAUUAAUUGCUUUUUGUUAAUUUACAGAAUUUAGAAAUAAGUAAGGAAUUAAAGAUAUGGUAGAAAUUAUAUUUUAAGAAAAUAAAUAUUCUAUAUUUUCCAAAAUAGUUUUUGAUGGAAAUAUUCAAUUAAUGUUAAAAGAAUGUACUUCUGAUUAAUAAAAAAGUUUUAUGAUAGAAAGUUUAAAUUUUCCAAAUAAAAGUGCAUUAAAGGAUUAUAUAAUAUCUUGUGCAAGAUUAGUAUCAGAAAUAUCUAAAUCUUCUUCAACUUUAACUUUAUAAUAAAUAAAUGAUUUAUUUCCUUUUAAAACUAUAGCAAAAAUUAUUUAAGAUAUUUAAAUAUCAUCUUAAACUAAAUUUUAUUUCUUAGUGCUUUUUUAAAAUUCUUACAUGGCUGAACACUUUUAACCUUUACCUAGAAUUUAAUUACCAUAAUACUUAAAAAUGGUAGUUAGAUAAGACAUAGGAAAGGGAUUAUUAGGUUUAUUUAAGAAAGAACAGAGUUCUAUUGUAUUAUUUCCUUUUGCUUAAAAAAAAAUAUCUAAUUUAUUUAAGAAAGUUUAAUAGAGAUAUUUAGUAGAAGGAGAUGAUUCAAUUGAUUUUUGGUUAUUUUUAUCUGAGUUUAUAACCCAGUUUUAGAAAAGAAAAACAAUUUAUGAAAUAAAAGGAGAAGAUCAUACAUAUAUGAAGUAAUUGAUUCUAACUUUUUUAGAAUUCUUAAGUAGAGGUCUUUUAAUUGAAUAUUUAUAAGAUGAUCAUAAUUUUUAUGACAUCUAGCAUAAGUUUAUAGAAUUUUUAAAGAAUUCUGUAGCAUCAGUUACUUUAUAGGAAAAGUAUAUAAAACAUACAUACUAAAAAUACUAAGAUGCUUGGGAUUAUCUUUUUGAGAACACAGUAGCGUAGAGAAACUCUGGAAUAACAAUAUAUUCGAAAAGUAUGAUUUGGUUAGUUGAGUUAAUUGAAAUUUUGAUAUAUUUAGAACAAUUUUAGUAAUCAAGAAUGGUUGAUUAAUUUAUAAUAUCAGAAGAUAAUUAUGUAAUAUUUGAUGAUUUAUUAUAUUUAUAAAAAUUUGCAAAGUAUUAAAAAUAUGCUGAUGAAAUAUAGAAAUUAAGAUAAGCAAAAGAUAUGUUGAUAACUUAAGAAUUAACUAAUAUUUUAGAGGAAUGUUCUUAUGCAAGGAAAACAAUUAUUCUUGAAUAUAUGAGAGGGAUUAAAUAAUUAGAUAUAAAUUUGGUUUAAUCCUUGAUUGAUUUGUUAAUUUUAAAUUAAAUAAGAUUAUCUGCUAAAGUAAUUGAAUUUUUGUGGCUAAUUUAUUCGAGUAGAAGUAAUUUCUUAAAUACUAUAAAUUAAACUAUUCUAAUUUAAUCUUUUGAUUAACGAGAUCUUUAAUUAUCUGUUAAUUAAAAUAUUUUUAAUGAUUUUUCAAAUAUAUAUUGGAAACUUCAUUUUGCAUCCAUUGAUUUAAUAUAAUCUUUAGAAAGAGAUUCUAGUCAAUAUUAUGAAACGAUAAAUGAUGUUCUAUCAGAAAUUUUAUUGAUAUUCUUUCCUAAUUAUGCUCCUAAAUCAGAUUAAGAAGAAAAGAUUGAUAAAAGCAAAGUUCAAUAAGAAAUAUCAGCAGUAGAUUAAAAAAUAUCACAUCAAGAUAUUGAUUUAAUUGAUUAAUCUUAACAUAUGAAAGAGUAAUAAUAAGCAGAAUAAUUUUAAUCAUAAAAAUCUGUUACUAUGGAUUCAACUUAAAAAUAUGUUUGGAAAAUUAAUAAUUCAUUUUCACUUGAUGUUAAUACAAUUUAUUAAAGAUAAAAAUUAUUAAGAUAUUUAGGUUUUCAUGAAUUAAUUAAAAAAUUAAUAGAAAAUUUAAUUUCUGACAGCAGGAAUUAUUUUUAGAAAAAACAAUGUUGAUAAAAAAGUUUACUAAACAAAAACUUAAAUCCUAGAGAAGAGUAUAUUGAUUCUCAUUUAUUUUGUUAUUAGAAAUAAAGAAAAUCAAGAAUUAUUAUUAAAUCUAGAAAAGAAUAAGGAUCAAUUUUUAUAUGAAAUGUCUAAUUUAGAAAUAAAAUAUAAUUUAGAAAUAAAAUAGUAACAAACUCUGAUUUAGAUCUUUUUCGCAGAAUUAUUCAGAGAUAAUUAUAAUAUCUUAUUUUCUUUAGAAAAAUACAAUGAUGAAAAUACUGUUUUGCCUUAAUUAUUUUCUAAUUUUUAUAGGAAAUUCUAAUAUUAAAAUUAUGAAGCUUGUAUUUACUUUUUAUAAUUUUUGUAAAUAUUACUGAAAGUGAAAGAGAAUGAUGUAGUGUAAAAUUAUUAUGUAAUUGUUUAAUUAUUUAUGAAUAAAUAAAAUUUAAAUAAAUUUAAUAAAUUUGCUAAAGAUAUUGAAUUAUUAAUGACUACUAUUUAAUAAAUGAAAAUAGAAUAAUUCUAUACAGCUACUCAUGCUUUUGAAAAUUAAUAACAUUUAAAUCAUUAAAAACCUAUGCAUUUUGAUAGUUUUAUAGAAAUGCCAACAGAAAUACUUUUUUUUAAAGAAUUAAUAAGAUUGUUGAGAAUAAUAUGUUCAAAAAGAUCGGGAUUAGUAAAUGAUUUUAUAAAAAAAAUAUUUCCAAUAUCAAGAAUGGCAGAAAUGAUUCAAAAAAUUGAUGAAUGGUAUCCACUAAAAUAUGAAUUAUUGCUUUAUUUUUAAUGUAUUUUUUUAGAUAAUUUAUAACAUUUGGAUUUUGAAGAAAAACAAGAACUUGUUAAAAUAAUUAAAGAUACAAUAUUUAAACAAAUUAUUGUAAGUUUUGUAGAAAACAAGAAUUUAAAAAAAUUUGCAGAAACAAAACUUAUGAAUAGCACUAUCAUUAAUAUUUUUGGAAUUAGAAAUUAAUAUUCAAAUUAAGAAUUUAUUAUGUCUGUGUAAUAUAAAAAAUCAAGUUUUAUUUAUAUAAUAUUUGGAGUUCUUAAUGUAAUUAAAUAAUUCAUUAAGAAAUUAUAUCCAAAAUAUUUCUAAUUAGAAAAACAAGAAUACUUUGAUGAUAAAAUUUAAAAUGAAAUUGUUUAUAAUGCUCAAAAUAUUUAUGAUGAUAUUCUUAGAGCAAAAGAUUUCACUUAAGAUGGAUAUGAAAAUCCUGGUAUAAUGAGAAAUACAAUAAAUAAGGGAGAGAGUGGAUAACAAGUGAUCAACUUAACUCAUAAGUAAGUAUCUAGUCAUUAAAAUCAAUAAAAUUAAGAAUUAAGUAAAAAUGAAUAAAAUAAAGAUAAUAUCAUUAGAAUAAUAGAAAUAACCAAUUCCUUUUAAUAAUAAGAUCUAGCAUUUUAAUUAUUAAGAAAUGAUUUUUAAAUAAAUGAUUAAAUAAUAUUAGAGAAGUGGACAAACUCUAUUAAGCCAUAAAGAACAAAAUUAAUAGAUGAACAUCUUGUUACUUCUGAAAGAGAAAAUGAAAUUUUAUAAUUAAUUAAUCUUAUCAUUACUUUAAAAAGGGAUGACACAGAAAAAUUUUAAAAAAUGAUUACUUCUUUAAUUAGAAUAUUUCCUGAAAGUUCUGUAUCUUCAUCUAUUAAACUUAAAUCAGUUAAAAUUAUCAGAAAGUUAUCAAAUUAUAAAGAAGAUACUUAAAUAUCAAAAUCUAUUCUAAAAGAUUUAGAAUAAUUAGGACUUACUGAUUAUCUUUGUGAUUUAAUUAAAUAUGAAAAUGAUUAAGAAUUAAAAUUAGAGUAUAUUAAGGCUUUUGUUGAUUACAUAGAUAAUUCAUCAAGGGAAUUAUAAAAUUCAUUUCUUUCAUAUUUAUAAAGAGAUUAAUAUAAUACUUUUAUCAUAUCUUUAUAAAAUUUUAUUACUUAAAUGUUUUAAGAUUUAAGAAUGACUGAAAUAUCAAAAAUUGAAAGAAAUAAUAGAAACAUUAAUAAAAUAUUAAAUAAUAAAAUAAAUGGAUGCAUUCUUAUAUUUGAAUUAUUUAGAUUAGGAUGUUAAGAUCAUUUUACAGAAAUGUAAAAUUUUCUUAGACAUCAAGUCAAUAGUAAAUAACCAGUAAAUUUUAUUAUGUUUACAGUUGAAUUAUUUGAGAAAUAUGUAGAAAUUAAGAAUGAAGAUAAUGUAGCAUUAGGAUAGAAAUUAUUGGAUUUUUUGAUUGAAUAUGUUUAAGGUCCUUGUUUAGAAAAUUAAAUGGAACUUUGUAAAUCCACAAAAAUCUUAGAGGUUCUAGAACGAAUUAUACUUUAAUAAAGUAUAGAUUAAAAUAGGUUUUAGAAAAAAGAUAUAGUGUUUUCAAGUUUAUAAAGUAAAGUAUUUUUACUUUUUUCAUUUUUAAUGGAGGGAAACAGUAACAAAAAAUGUCAAAAAUCUAGCGAAGUAACUUUUGGGAAAUGA